UCGGCACCGCGCGGGGAGGUGGGUCCCAGUCAUGGCUGCGGGGAACCCCUGGGACCCGGCGUCGGCGCCAAACGCUGCCGGCCUACUCCUGGACCAUUUCGUAGCUUCAGGGAUGGUCACUCAGGAGAUGUUAAAUAUAUCUAAGAAAUCAGCUUCUUGCUUUGUGAACUUCUCCAGACUACAACAAAUCACAGAUACUCAAGCUGAAAUCUACCAGAAAAACCUGGAAAUUGAACUCCUAAGACUUGAAAAAGAUACAGCAGAUGUUGUUCAUCCUUCCUUUUUGGCUCAGAAGUGUCAUACUUUGCAAAGCAUGAAUAAUCAUUUGGAAGCAGUGCUAAAAGAGAAGAGGUCCCUCAGGCAAAGACUGCUGAAACCCAUGUGCCAGGAGAACUUGCCUCUUGAAGCUGUUUAUCACAGACACAUGGUACAUAUGUUGGAGUUGGCAGUGACUUUCAUUGAGAGAUUAGAAAACCAUCUUGAAACAAUUAGAAAUACCCCUCAUUUAGAUGCAAAUCUAAAGGAAAUGAGCAAGGCUUUAGCAAAGAUGGAUAUUUUGGUAACUGAGACAGAGGAACUGGCUGAGAAUAUACUCAAGUGGCAAGAACAACAAAACGAAGUUUCCUUUUGUAUCCCCGAAAUAUUAGCUGAAGAAAAUUAUCUUCAUUAACAUGAUGUUAUAAUGCCUCAUUUACCUUUUACCUCUAAUCAAGUCCAGACUGUUAAUGCCAAGUGAUUAUCAACUGUUUAUUUUUGUUAAUUAUAUGCAGUCAUGUGAAGUCCAUUUCCAGCCAAUCGUAACAUGGUUAUUUAUAGGCUUUGCAGGUAGCAAUACUGAAAGAGCCCUCUUUAUAUUGAAGUACUAAGAUUCCAAGUUCAUUAAGACCAAACUGAAUUUCCUUUGUUUUUUGUAUAUUUUCAUUCUAGUUUUCAAUAAAACUCAUGAAGAUCAGAUAUAAUUAUGACAAUUUAUUAACAUGAGUGCAUUAACCAUAUCUCAGGCAGCAGACUCUAUUACGUCUUUUUAUAAAAAAUGCUGGUUUCUGACUUAGAAGAGUCUUCUUGAAUCUGAAAGUAUGUUGAUUAUUCCUGUGGAAUUGUCACUAAGAGUUCAGAAAAGAGUGACAUAGCACGCCCAACUGUUAUCUUUUGAAAGACCUGCUUACAAGGUUGGUCCUUGGCUGGCAUCUGGGAACUUAAAUGUCAGGAGAGUUCCCUCCACUCUCACUGAUAAGAGUUGCUCACUGUGACUUAGGUGUUUGUACAGUGUGGUUUGUGCUGAAUACCUGCUUUCCUUCUGGGAGUCUAGAUUUUUGGUACGUGCUGGGCAGAAGGUACCUAUGUGUCUUGCCCACAAUAAUAACCCUGGGCACUGCAUCUCUAAUAAGCUUUUGUGGUAGACAACAUUUCACACAUGUCACAAUUCAGUUGCUAGGGGGAUUAAGCACAUCCUCUGUGACUCCCUGGCAGAGGACUCGGGAAGCUUGUGCUUGGGUUCCCCUGGACUUUGCCCUAUGAACCUUUUCUUUUUGCUCUUUUACUUUGUAUGCUUUUGCUAUAAUAAAUCAUAGCCAUGAGUACAAGA